AUGGGGAAGCCUGGUAUGAAGAGCCGGGAGUCGGGGUGGUGGGUGAUGUCGAUUCUUGGGAUGCUGAUUGUGGUGUGCUUCACCAUGGUUUCCACUUGGGUCUCGAUGACUGGUCCCGGCGGGUUUGUGGGGGUGUUCCUCUGGUUCAUGAGCGCUGUGAUGUACUUGUGUUUCUUGUUGUUUGGGUGGGUGUUCGUGAAGCAGGUGCUCGCGGCGUUUCGGUACGGGACGCCGAGGGUGGUGUAUGAGACGAUGCCGAUCCGCGCAGGAGAGAUGCUCAAUGGUCGCGUGUUGUGUCCUCGUGGUUUCGGGGCGCUGGAUCGUGUGACGAUCACACUGAGGCAUGUGAUUGAGCGCUAUGAGCGUGUGCCUUCGUCAUCUGGGAAGCAGAAGAGCAAGAUUCGGUGCAGAGGGAUCGCGACAGACCAAUGGGUGAUCGAGGAUGUGAUGAAGGAGCUCGGGGAUGGAUCGGGACAAGGGGAACUCCCUGUGGUGUUUUUGAUCCCAGAGGAUGCGGAGGACACGCGGGCGUCGGCGCGUCCGGCUCGAUACUGGGAUUUGGAGGUGCGCGGUGAGGCGAAGGGGGUGGACUUUGUGCAUCGAUUCGCGGUGUUGUCGGGAUUGACGGUGGCGCUGGCGCUGGUUCCCGAGGCGGUCGCGUUUGCGAUCAUCGCGAACGUGAAUCCGCUGGUUGGGUUGUAUGCCGCGUUUAUGGUGGGAUUGCUCGCGUCGAUCUUUGGGGGUCGUCCUGGGAUGAUCUCGGGCGCGACGGGCGCGAUGGCGGUGGUCAUGGUGCAUCUGGUGUCUGAGCACGGCGUGGAGUAUCUGUUUGCGGCGGUCGUGCUGACGGGGUUGAUCCAGAUCAGUGUGGGCGUACUGCGUCUUGGGAAGUUCAUCCGCAUUGUGCCUCAUCCGGUGAUGCUUGGGUUUGUGAACGGGCUUGCGAUUGUGAUUUUCCUGGCGCAGCUGUCGCAGUUCAAGGUGACUGGUGAGGAUGGUCAGUCGCAGUGGAUGAGCGGGACUCCGAUGCUGGUGUUCUGUGGGUUCAUCGCGCUGACGAUGGGGAUCAUGUUCUUUCUUCCGAAGCUGACCAAGGCGUUCCCUUCGGCGCUUGCGGGGAUCUUGGUCGUGUCGGUGCUGGUGAUCGGUUUGAAGAUUGAUACGAAGACGGUGGGGGACAUCGCGUCGAUCAAGGGCGGGUUCCCGGCGUUCAAGCCUUUGACGGUUCCGAUGAACUUCGAGACGCUUGGGAUUAUCCUGCCGUAUGGGUUUAUCCUCGCGGCGAUCGGGUUGAUCGAGUCGCUGCUGACAAUGACGCUGAUCGAUGAGAUGACGGACACGCGUGGACGCGGGAAUCGGGAGUGCGUGGGGCAGGGGAUUGCAAACUCGGUCUGCGGCUUGUUCGGCGGGAUGGGCGGCUGCGCGAUGAUCGGUCAGAGCAUGAUCAACAUCAACUCUGGUGGACGCGGACGCUUGUCAGGGAUCAGCGCGGCGAUCUUCCUGCUGUGCUUUAUCUUGUUUGGGUCGGGGCUGAUCGAGAAGAUCCCGAUGGCGGCGCUGGUGGGGGUGAUGUUUAUGGUGGUGAUCGCGACGUUUGAAUGGUCGAGCUUCCGGAUUCUCAAGAAGACGCCUCCGAAGGAUGCGUUUGUGCUGAUUUUGGUUUCGGGGGUGACGGUGAUGACCGACCUUGCGAUCGCGGUGGUUGUCGGUGUGAUUGUGUCGGCGCUGAUCUUUGCGUGGGAACAUGCGCGGCAUAUCCAUGUUGUUGUGCGUGAUGACGAGGAUGGAUCGCGGACCUAUGAGCUCAAUGGGCCGUUGUUCUUUGGGUGCAUCCAUGAGUUUCGCGACUUCUUUGAUCCGGCGAACGAUCCCGAUGAUGUGGUGAUCGAGUUCCUGAACUCGCGCGUGGUGGAUCACUCGGCGAUCGAGGCGAUUGAUGCUUUGGCGGAGAAAUAUCGCAAGGCGGGGAAGACGCUGCACCUUCGGCAUCUGAGCGAGGACUGUCGAUUGCUGCUGCAUAAGGCGGGGGAUAUGGUGGAGGUCAAUGUGCUUGAGGAUCCGCAUUACUCGGUGGCGGAUGAUGAGAUUGGGCAUUUGAAUGGGACUCCUACGCCGGAACAUCCGCUCAAUGGGGUUGGUAUUUUAGAUGCGCGGGUGGACCCGGCGUACUUUGAUACAUUUAUGGGGGGCAUUCUGAAGCCGUUUAAUGGAGAUGAGAAUGCAGCAGAAAGACUCAAAAAGACUACAGAACAAAAUUUUGGUCAUUCCGCAGCGAUGGGAGACUUCGACGGUGAUGGUUACAUGGAUCUUGUGAUCUGCGGCGAAUAUAGCCCAAACUGGAAAGAACAACCUGGUUGGGCAGCAACCUCCCCUUACUAUCCUACUCCUUCGGAUGGAGCGCUUGAUGUUCCGCGUUGGGGCGCGGGCGUGGUGUGUGUGAUUUAUGGCCCCUCGGAGAACUGGGAAAAAUUCCUGUCAUACAGAUCUACAGGUUCAGAUUUGUGGAAUGGGAUGAGUAACGACCCAACUUACUUUAACGCUUUUGACUUGCAAGGCGUUUUGCGUUAUCUGAAAGAUAGUGAUGAAAAUGGCAUUGUUGGAGAUGCCACUGAAGAGAGUGAACUUGAGAAUCCACGUGACAGAAUUCCUGCAUUGGUUAUUUACGGCAGAAACGGCAUCAGAUCCGCGAAACCAACUGGGACCGAUCCUUACUUUGUGGAUAAUGACGAUGAUUACAAAGUCUUGAGUGCUGGGUCUACAACUGCGAGUUGGACCCAUGGGGGGCAAUCGACAGUCGAUGGGUUUUCCAUUGGGCUCAAUUAUGUGACAGGUCCUUGGAAUGAUGUGAUCGAUGACAGCAUCACUGGAGACUUACUCGGGUACUCGGUCUCAUUUCUCGGUGAUGUGGACGGCUAUCCCGGUGAUGAGCUCAUCAUUGGAGCGCCCCAGAUGAAUGUAGACGGGAAGGCUGUCGAACACGAUGGCAAUACGAGUAAUCUUGAUGUCCUUCUCGGUUCCAGCCAGUUUGGUGGGGCGAUCAUGUUGUUUGGUUCACGAUACGACCCGUUAGGCGACCAACCAAUCAGCGGUCGAAUUACCGGCGUGUAUGAUCUCGAUGAUAUCACACUGACUGGUAAGGACGGAACCAACGAUGUGCCUGCGGGUGUGAAGUUUAUCGGUGCGACCUGGCACGACAAGGUCGGUCAGGAUGUCCGAAAUGGUUCACUGCCCACGACUGCUGAGUGUGGCACAUACCCAGAAAGUACUGUUGUACCGGUCAUGGAUGUGAACGGUGAUUUUCACGCUGAUAUUCUGAUCGGUGCGCAGUCGUUCGAUUCCGGUGAUCACCCGAACUACAACCCAGGCGAUCCGAAUACAACGGAUGCGGCGUACAUGAAUGUCUCAACAGGAAUUGCCAACGAUCCUGCUGGGCGCGCGAAUGGGAUUGGUGCGUGCUACAUCAUCUAUGGAGCACCUCGAUCAGAGUGGACACAAGAUGUAUAUGAACUGCCCAAUGACUUGAUCGCGAACAAUCUUCCGGAAGACGGUGCGGUCAUUUAUGGGAGCGGCAACUAUACCUACCUUGGGUAUUGUGGUUUCGGCGGUGACUUUGAUGGCAAUGGAUGUUCAGAUGUCAUCAUCGGAACGCCUCACGAGGAUGCGCCGAACGGCGAUGUCAAUCGGAGCAAUGUUGGAGCGGCUUAUGUUGUCUUCGGAUCAAAGACAAAUCCUCCUGUCGGUGAGUAUUUCACCAGCAUGAAUACCAACGGCGAAUCUUUCACGGGCUCUCUUUCAUCAGCGGUCAACAAACCGAUCUGGAGACAGACAUUCGUUGAUGCUGUCGAUUCAGAAACAGAGAAUUGUAGAAUAACAAGAACACGACCUCGUGCACUGAAGAUUCGUGGAUCUGUCAAUACGCCGCUGGAUUACAAUGAGAAUCAGGCGUAUGACCCGAAUGCCACGGAUGACUGGGACUCUUCAUUUAUGUUGCCUGGUGAUACGAAGACUCAGCCUGAUAUAGUUGACGAUUUUCAAGUCGGUGCAGAGUUUGGUUGGACGGUAAUGGCCGCCGGUGAUGUCGAUGGUGACGGUAAGACAGAUAUUCUUGUGGGCGCACCGGACUUUUUUAUUGGGGACAACAACGACAAUGAUGUGCAGGAGCGCGAUAAUUUGAUCAAUCUUGGGCACGAUACACACGGUCGUGUCUACCUUAUUUACGGCUUUGAUCCUUCACACCCUUGUGAUAUCAAAUCUGGUCCGUGCCUAACUUUCCCAGAGUAUGGUCCAAAUCUUGAUACUGAGUACUUAGUUGAAGUUGACGAUCUAUUGGUGGCCAAUACAUCGGUCACAGGAAACAUACAAGCGGCAAAAAUCAGGGGUGAACUCAAGGGCGACAACUUCGGUUGGCAUGUCUUCUGCGCGGGUGACCUGAACGCGGAUGGGCAUGCUGAUUUUGUCAUAGGUGCCAAUGAAGCGGAUUAUAUGGACAACAACUCGAAUCUUCGGAAGACCGUUGGUGCCGCGUAUGUGAUCUACGGGGAUGAUCGUGUCAAUCUCAGCGGUGAGUUGAGCGCUCGCGAUAUCGGCGAUUCAAUCAUGGGUGCGAAACUUUAUGGUGAUUCUGCAUGGUCAGAUUUACCGCACUUUGCAGAGCCAGGUCCCGGCGACAAGCCACGGGCUGGCGUGUGGGUGUCUGGUGGACAAGACCUUGACGGUGAUGGCUAUCCUGAUCUAGUCGUGUGUAGCGAGGGCGCGACCAUGCCAUUCAAUUAUGACAAUGACCAGUCCCCUGCGAGAAGUGUGGGUGCGGUGUUUAUCAUCUAUGGCGGAAACAUCAUGCAGCAAUGUGACUUUGAUAUGUCCGAAAGUUUGGAUUGUCUAGAUCUAGCUAUGUUCAUGAGCGACCCUAAAGAUCUGAAUCAUGAUGGGGUUGCUGACCCGUCCAUGACCGGUCCUGACUAUGCGGUGCUUGAGUCGUUUAUUUCCGGCGGCUGUCCUUGA